GUAGCCAUUCUGGACUAGAGGGGAUUAUGCAGGCUAUGGUGCCAGGCUUCGAUCGUACGUCAGAGUACAUUUUGCUGGUAACCACGCCUCAUCGAGAUAGUCCUUUGUCACAUUUUGUUGCCCUCAAAUUUUUCUUAUUCCUUGUGUUCGUUUUAUUUCAAUUUUGUUAAGGAUUCAACACCAUGAGCGAAGAACACCUUGCUGCAGGGUCUGCCUGCCCCCCGAUGAAUGAUGGAGAAGUGCGCUUGUACGGAAUGAGGUUCUGCCCCUUCACUCAGAGGGUUCGCAUUGUCCUGAACGCCAAGAACAUCCCUCACAAUGUCGUCUACAUCAACCUGAAGAACCAGCCCGAGUGGUACUUCAAAAUUAACCCUGAUGGGAAGGUGCCAGCACUGGACACGGGCGAUGAAGUUGUGUUAGAGUCCCUGGACAUCGUAGAUUUCCUGGACCAGAAGUUUCCUGACCCUCCACUCUACCCUAGUGAUCCGGAACUGAAAAACAGAGAUAAGGAAUUCAUCCAAAAAUUUGGCAAGGUCGUUGGAGCCACCUCGAAGGCCCUACACAACAAGGAUAACUCACCGGUGGACAGUUAUAUAGAAGAUGUCCUUGAACAUCUGAAAGAAUUCGAGGCAGAACUGGCAAAACGAGGGACCAUUUUCUUUGGAGGCGAUAAUCCGGGAAUGCUUGAUUACAUGAUGUGGCCCUGGAGCGAGCGUUCCAAAAUUCCAAGUGCCCUUCAGGAUAAAGAAUUCCAAUUUCCGAAAGAGAAAUUUCCGAAACUAGUCGCCUGGAGGGAAGCCCUCAAAGAUGUGAAAGCCGUGGGAGAUACCAUCACGAGCCUGGAGACACAUGUCAAGUUCCUCAAGGGUUAUCAGGGCCCCAACCCCAAAUUCGACAAUCUAUAAACACUUUCCCGCUCUCGGAAAAUGAUCCAAAACGCUUCAUGGAACCCAUAUCAAAGAGUUACGCUUAUUGCAUAUGCUUUGUUUUUUUUUUUUAAACGAGAGGGAACAAUUUCGGUUAUAUUCUUACUGCAGUCCUUGUAGCUUCCAUGUUGACAAUAAUAAUUACUACGUAAAUAUUUAUUCAUUAGUUUGCAGUAUUUGUGUUCUCAUGAAAGCCAGCCGAGAAAGAAAAUGAUAUGUAAUAAAUAUUACAUGUAUAAUAAAAGAAUUUCAUGAAAACCUGUAAAUUAUUCAAAGAAAAACAGGAAAUAAAUAUGAAAUUAC